AAUCUGCAGGCUUCUACGGUGCAACCACCAACGUCAGAUGAGGAAGGCGUCAACGAACCAAAGCACGCAAACGCCCCGUGAGACAACAAGAAAGCAGGAUAGUCUAAGGUAUAAUAGUGCGAGCAACUCAGUUCCAUCAUCAACAGCAAGUAGGAAGACAACAAGACGCAAUACGGAGUAUUAAGGAUAAUAAUAUGGAGACGGAAUCACCCAGCCCGACAGCGGCCCCUCCCUUGAAUGGUCGAGUCGUUCGACUGUAUUUCAAGUGUCGAGCCGAAUUGCCCAUUGGUAGUUAUUUGCGUGUGACUGGCUGCACGCUGUGGGCUCCUGGUUCUUCCUCUCAAGAUCCGACGGAUGCUCAUCAGAUUGCCAAAGAAGAAGCCUCGCAGGGUUUUCCUGUUCGCGAUCCCGACGAAGAAGCAGCUGUAGAUUCGAAUGCCCUCGAAGGUGUUGGCGGAUUCGACGAAGAAGCGACCGGGAUGCCCACGACUUCCUCCAUGUACACAUCCAGUGUCGAAUUGGUGACUACUCCUGAAGAAUAUCCCAUUUGGAGGACGCGACGUCCCGUUGUCGUGGUACUACACAAACAAGCCAAGCAAAUCCAGCAUCAUUAUUAUCGUUAUUUGGUCGUCACUCCGGGCGCCACUACUGAAACGGGUGCUCUCACCAUGGCCGAAUUGGCGGCGGCUGAGGAAGACGACGAUGGAGAUGGAAUUAUGGAUGCAGGAGGAGCCAUUGUGUCCACGUCAGAGGAAAACAUGGGAUCCACGCGGGUCAUGAUGUGGGAAGAUCCAUUUCAGUCCUUACAAAAGUCGAAAGGCAGCGGCGUUUCACUCGAUACCACCAAGUCCUUCAUCACCAACGACAAAUUAGGAGUCACCAAAAAUACAAUCAUCAAUUUGCCUUAUCGGACUGUUGAUAUUGAUGUCUCGACGGGGACACCCAUUUUGGAAGAAGAUGCGCGAGACGUACGCGUUGAUACCUGGAAUAAUCGGGAUGACAUUUCCUUUCGACCCUAUCUUAUUCGAGAUGCCAUGAAUGUCGAAAAUCGCAAAAAGACCUUGCAUAGGCGCGCUGCCAGUGGACAGUACUCCGUUACCGAUGUCAACAUGGACGAUGGAACUCCCUCUGCUGGCAUGGAUGGGAGCGGAUCGGGGCCAACCUCGGGAGGGACUACACCCGUUCCGCCGGCGCCAACCCGUAUCUUCUUUGUAUGCUUCCACUUGCCAGUGGUGGUGGUCCAGAAUCAGGAUACCAAAGAAUGGAGGGCUUCUUGGAGUGAGUCGCUCAUGGCCAAAACCGAAGGAUCCAAGGUUUUGUCGACCUACCAGGGACACUGGGUCGGGACAGUCACCACGCAUCCGCCCAUUACAUCGGAAGAAGACAAGGCCAAAGUGAGGGCCAUUCUUGCCCAAAUGGACUGUACUCCCAUCUUUUUGGAUCCUGCCGUGCGACAGGCGCAUUAUUAUGGGUUCUGCAAGCAAGUGUUGUGGCCAGCCAUGCACAACAUUGAUUUGCUGGAUUUGAGUGCCAGUGGACUUGUGGGCCUCUCCUCACACGAAGCCAGCGACUGGGAUCAGUCAAGAUUGGAUGAGUGGUGGACUGCCUAUCAAGAUGUCAACUCUAACUUUGCCAAUGUCGUGACGAGUCUGAUCAAGCCCAGCGAUAUUGUCUGGAUUCACGAUUACCAUUUGUCGCUGUUGCCUAUGAUGAUGCAGGCCAUCGAGUUGAGCAAGUUCAAUCGAACUGUUGCCCGCAAAGUCUUCUUCUUGCACAUUCCCUUUCCAACGUCGCAAAUCUUCCGUGAGCUGGAAUGCGGCGAAGCCAUUCUAGAAGGAAUGCUGCACGCCGAUGUUGUGGGAUUCCACGCCUUUGAUCAUGCCAGGCACUUUUUGAAUGCUGCCAAACGCAUCUUGGGACUGAACUACGAGUCCUUGGUAGGCGGUCUUAUCGGGGUCAACUUUCACGGCAAGACAGUUCUUGUGACCAUGAGCAACGUCUCCAUUGAACCCAAACAGGUGGACGCUGCCUUGAUGUUGCCCUCGGUUCAAGCUGGCUACAGCGAGUUGCAACAAAAACACAAGGGCCGCAUCCUGAUUUGUGGUGUGGAUAUUGGACAGCAAUUAUCAGGAAUCUCUUUGAAGCUGCUCGCCUUUGAACGGCUGUUGCAAGAUUAUCCCAACUGGCAGUCCAGAGUGGUUAUGGUGCAGCGCGUGUUGCUGCCAAAUUCCCGAAAGGCUGACGAAGCCUUUACAGUCCGCGAAUUGCAUGCCGUGGUGAAACGAAUCCAGGAUAAGUUUGGGCAGAGUGUUAUUGACUAUCAGGAGUGCUCCGGCUCGAGCUAUCCCAUGGGUCAGCGUUUGGCACUCUGGAAAGCCAGCGAUGUUUUCAUCAGCACUCCGGUUCGAGAAGGGUUGAAUCAUUGGCCCAUGGAAUACAUCUACACCAACAAAGAGCCCGAUGUGCCAGGAGUCGUCAUCGCUUCGGAGUUUUCCGCCGUCUGUUCCAUUCUCAACGGGGCUCUGAGGGUCAACCCUUAUGAUAUCCAAAUGACCAUCACAACGAUCGACAAGGCGCUAAGCAUGGAGCUGCAGGAGCGCGCGGGCCGUCGCUAUCGUGAUAUUGACUUUGUCUCCAAAAGUCAGUCGGACAAGUGGGUGUACAAUGUCUUGCGAGACUUGAAGGACGCUGUUUCACGCUCAUCAACAUCGAGUGAAGGAGCUUCUUCAGGGGCAACCCCUAUUGGGGGCACCACACCCAUGCGGCGCAUUGGAAAAUCCGAGCUCGUUGAUACCACUGCUGGCUUCCUUGCUCGAGAGAGCAUCAUCGCAUUCCCACAUCUCAAGAUUCAAAACCUGAAGGCCUCCUACGAUGUCACGACUAGGCGAGUAAUUGUUCUCGAUUUCAAUGGCACAAUUGUUUUGAAGGAGCCGCCGGGCAAGUAUUUGAAACGCGAGAUCCUUGGAACAAGCGGAAACAAGCCACCUCCACAAGUUGUGGAUGCUUUGGCCUGUCUGUGUCAGGAUCCAAGGAACACCGUCUUCGUGGUUUCGGGAGACUCCAGUGAGAAUGUCAUCAACGCCUUGGGACACAUUCCUCGUCUUGGUCUUGCUGUGAGUAAUGGAGCCAAGUUCUCUCCUCCAGCCCAGUUUGGGGAGCCUCGACACUGGAAAACGUUUGACUUGGGUGUGGACUGGGAUGCUGUCAAAAGGGUCGCUUUGCCCGUACUGUCAAAGUACACUGCACGCUCCAAUGGAUCCUUUGUCAAGCUGACGUCGUUCAGCAUUGGAUGGUCUUACUACUCGUGCGAUCCUGAAUGGGGCAGCCUGCAGGCUUCGCAUCUGGUGUUGGAGUUGGAGAGCGAGCUUCGAGCGUUUGAUGUGCGCUUUGUCACCCUGAAGGGUAUCGUCGAAGUUGUUCCGAGAAAAUUGAACAAGGGUCUGAUCGUGAAGAAGCUCCUUCGUGACACCGGCGUGCAGCACCCAGAAGGCAUUGAUUUCAUUCUUUGCUUUGGCGAUGACAUCUCUGAUGAGAAAAUGUUCACUUCAGUGUUUUCCUACAUUGCUGAGAUGGGAGAUGAAAAGAAUGCCAAACCUAGCCCCCCUGUGCUCAACGAGGACGGCUCAGUCGACACGCCAAUGGAACUCUCGAACGAAUGCGUCGUUCGAAAUCCAUUGUAUUCGUACACGGUCGCUGUCGGAAGAAAAGCUAGCCAUGCCUCGACUUACGUGAACGAUGCUCAAGAAGUAGCCAAUGCACUCGUGCUGCUUGCGAAAGGAGAGGUCCCGAGCGGCGGCGUUGCGGUUUGGGGAGCAGCGAAUUCUCCUGACUUGUUUACGUAGAAGUUCGUAGAAAAUCAUCAUGCUAGUAAUAUGGAUUAUGCGUGUUUCUUAUC